UAUUGUUUUUUUUUUUUUACAGCUACAUCAGCCAGGUGACUGUGUGAGACAAAUAGCAUCGUGAGAUAGAGUAAACGCUACAUACUUCAAAAUGUACCCAUUCGGUUCCGGCAUGCCACAGCCACAAUCCAAUUCGCCAUAUCACCAAAAUCCCAAUCCCGGCGCGCCACUUGGCGUCCCUUUCGGCGCUGGUUGGGUAGCGCCUGCACAACAACACUUCAGCAACUCCUCUCCACACCACAUGCCACAACAACAAAAUAGUUUACACUAUCAGCCAUUACCCACACAUCAACAACAACAACAACCAUAUCCCCCUCCUACUAACAACACAAUGUCACAUUCCCAUCAUCCCCAACACCAAGCACCAUAUCCAUCGAUGGCACCGAUGGGUUCGCCACACAGCGCACCCUAUCCGGGCUCUUCGUACCCACACAAUCCGCAACAUGCACAAGCUCCUUAUCCAUCUGCAUCGGGUACGCCCACACAUGCACCCUAUCCCGCACACACAGCCCAUUACACGCAUCCGGCUACGCAUCCUUCUUAUGCGCCAACACAUGGAUAUACGCCCGUACCGACAUCCGGCGGUUAUGAAUCGCCAGCCGGCAAUAUAGCGCACUGUUUCCAAGAGUUAGCCCACCGGCAGGGUCAUUCUUCGCUGCAUCAGCAUCAACCGUUUGCCCGAAGAGAGGGCACCCCAACUGUAUUACCAGCACAAAACUUUGAUCCAGUCAAGGAUGCACAUGAUUUACGCAAGGCAAUGAAAGGUUUUGGCACCGAUGAAGAUGCCUUGAUAAACAUAAUUUGUCGUCGUUCCAACGAGCAGCGUCAGGAGAUUCAACGUCAAUACAAAACACACUUUGGCAAGGAUCUCAUCGAAGAUGUUAAAUCUGAAACCAGUGGAAAUUUCGAAAAAUUGCUUGUCGGACUCCUACGUCCAAUUGUUGACUUUUAUUGCGCCGAAAUGAACGAUGCGAUGGCAGGAAUCGGCACAGAUGAAGAAGUGCUCAUCGAAAUACUAUGCACAUUGUCGAAUGUAGAAAUACACACUAUUAAGAAUCAGUACUUGCGCUUGUAUGGCGCCCACUUGGAAUCCGAAUUGAAAUCGGAGACUUCUGGCAACUUUAAGCGUCUCUUAGUCUCACUAUGCACAGCAGCACGGGAUGAGAGCGGCCAAAUUGAUCCAGUGGCAGCGCAGGGCGAUGCACGUGAGCUGCUCAAGGCAGGCGAAUUGCGUGUAGGCACAGACGAAAGCAUGUUCAAUAUGAUAUUGUGCCAACGUAACUAUCAACAGCUGAAACUGAUAUUCCAAGAAUACGAAAAAAUGACCGGUCACACACUGGAAAAAGCCAUACGCAAAGAAUUCUCUGGUGACAUAAUGGAGGGACUGGUUGCCAUAUACAAGUGUGUCACCAACAAGACGGAGUACUUUGCUUCGCGUCUGCACAAGAGCAUGGCGGGCAUUGGUACGAAUGAUAAACAAUUGAUACGCGUCGUGAUCACGCGCUCGGAGAUUGAUAUGGCUGAUAUUAAGGCACAAUACGAGCGCAUGUACGGAAAGAGUCUGAAGAGCUGGAUUAAGGGCGACACAUCUGGCCAUUAUAAGCACGCUUUAUAUGCACUCGUUGGCGAACAACGCUCUUCCUAAAUUUUACAUUCAGCGCUUAAUAUUUAUGUACACAAAAAUUAUUAUAAACAUAUUUGUAUAAUGUUGAAGGUUUGAGAAAAAUUUCGCUUGAUGUCAACAAAAUGUCCUUUAAUUGUAUGAAUGUUCGAAUAUAUUUACAUACAUACCUACAUAAGUAUGUAAUGCAAUUUCGAAUUUGUGCCUAGUUCAAACCAGUAAAUUCUUCGAUAUUACUAUUAUUCCUAUUUUCGCAAGUGUGCACCAAAUUUUUUAGGUGUGCUUUCAUAUUCUCAACACUUCAUAAAAACAUAAACAAUUAAAUAUAAAUAUAUAUAUUAGAUACUUUGUUAUCUUACAUUGAAUAUACUAUGUUAUAUGGACAACGGUUGCAAAUCUCAAUCAGUCUGGAAAGCUGACUGUUUUUUUUUAUAUUAAACUCAUAUAUAUUUCGUGCACUUACUAUUGACAAUGCCAACUUGCAUUUAAUUGUGGAAAAAUUACCUUUGUUUAAGGACUACACAACAUUUUAUUGAUGUGCAAAUAUUGAAUGUCAUUUGAAACUAAUGUGUCUUGCAUACGAACUUACUACUUUAUUGAAAUCAAAUACGCAUACACAUUUUUGGAUGUUUUAAAAAAUAAAUAAAUUCAAUUAAAUAUAAAUACGCACCAAAAUAA